GCAUGGACAAUUGUUUCUAUGACUAACAAAUCGGAAGAGAUAUCAAGCCCGGAGGCGUGAAUUAAGGUUAUUUCCACAAGUGGCAGCGCCGCAUGACGAACGUGCACAAGGUCACCUGUCCAGGUCACACCGGGAGCUAGAUGCUUAGGGACAUACAUCUAUCCCCAUGACUCGCGAGACUAAAGACGACAAGGACGUCGAGAUCCAAGAAAAUGCCGCCGCAAAGGGUGCCAGAGAUGUAAGGCGAGAUCUUACGUACGAUGAGGCCAAGGAGAUCGCCCGAGAGGAAGGCAUGCGGCCGGCAUUUUAUGCCAAAGUGAACGUGCUGAACGAUGCCAUUUUCGAGAUUGGCAUGGGGAGGUACCAAUUGGAACUCUUCAUCACAGCCGGCUUUGGAUGGAUGGCAGAUAACUUAUGGCUUCAAGCAAUUGCGAUUGUUAUGCCCGCCGUGGCUAAUGAGUGGGUCGGUUAUCCCCAUAUCCGUUUGGCAACUCUGGCAUUGUACGUGGGAUUGAUCUUCGGUGCCACUUUCUGGGGCAUGUCGUGUGACGUGAUCGGUCGCCGGCUUGCAUGGAACUCUACCCUGCUGGUCUCCGGCAUUUUCGGCGUCGCUGUUGGGGCGGCCCCGAAUUAUGUCGCCUUUGCCUCGUUGAUCGCUUGUGUCGGCUUUGGAGCCGGCGGAAACUUACCGGUCGACGGUACCAUGUUCCUGGAAUUCAUUCCAGGUCCACAUCAAUACCUGUUGACAUUCCUGUCGGUCUGGUGGGCGAUAGGUCAAGUAAUCGGAAGUUUGAUCUCUUGGGUUUUCUUGGCACAUUACGGAUGUCCUACUCCUCCAGCAGGAGAGUUCUGCUCGAGGGAAAGCAACAUGGGUUGGCGUUAUGCCUAUUUCUGCAUGGGCGCUCUGAUGAUCUUUCUGUGGGCGAUUCGAUUCUUUGUAUUGCCAGUGUAUGAGAGUCCAAAAUUCCUGGCUUCUGUGGGUAGAGACGAGGAGGCGGUCGCAGUGAUUCAUAAAAUUGCCAAACGCAACGGAACCACUUCGUCUCUGACCAUCGAGCAUCUUCGAGACGCCGCACUCCCUUUCUUAAGUGAUGAGACCGAUCUAUCGAUCACCACCAAGUUCUCCACCUUGGAGUUGGUCAAGCAUUCAUUCGAUAACAUGAGUGCCGACCACAUCACCGCUCUCUUCUCAACACGACGUCUCGCUUUGUCGACCUCCCUUGUCAUAUUCUGCUAUGCGUCUCUUGGACUCGGAUAUCCUCUGUUCAACGCAUUCCUUGGUACCUUUUUGGCAGAAAAGAAUGCGAAUCUGGGCAACGCUUCCCUAAAUGCAACCUAUUCGGCAUACACCUAUCAGGCAGCGUGCGGAGUUCCUGGAUCCAUACUUGCCGCAUUGCUCGUAAAUUGGAGUCGUGGAGGCCGAAAAUUCGCCAUGUCCUUCUUCACCAUAAUGGCUGGCGCCUUUUUGUUCGCCUUGAUUGCUAGCAAGACGACCACACAGACGAACGCACUGGUAUCUGUUGCCUCAUUUUGGGAAAACGCAUUCUAUGGUGUUCUCUAUGGCUACGCACCUGAAGUCUUCCCCACGCCCUCCCGUGGCACUGGAGAUGCGCUCGCAUCUGCUGCUUCCCGGUUCACCGGUCUCUUCGCACCAAUUAUCGCCGCGUACAUUCCCGACAGUGUCAAUGGACCCGUCUAUGCUUCUGCAUCUAUCUUUAUGCUAACUGGCAUAGUAAUGCUAUUCCUGCCCAUCGAGACGGUUGGAAAAACUGCACUGUGAAACCUUUCAAUCGCGUUGUGGGUCGAAGAUAGUCCAAUGAGGCAAAGGAUGCAUAACUAUGAAGCAAGAUA